UUUUGGCUUAUCAAAUACAGAAAGGCUGUCUUUUUAAAGAGUGGGAAAUGAAACAUCAGUUGGAGAAAAGUAAACGAAAACCCAAGAAAUAGGUCACCGCGAUUAGGGUUUAAUUCCGACCAUACGCCAUCUUUUUCUUAGGGUAUGGUGUUUGGGAGAUAUAAUGACAGUUCGUAGCGCGUAAUUUCGUUUGGGAAGUGUUGAAUUUCUUUUUUCUGCUGUGGUCGUAGUUUCUCGGAUUCGGUUGAAUAGCAAUGGUGUGGUUUAGAGCCGGGUCUCGUGUGGCGAAGCUUGCUGUUAAGCGAACUUUAACGCAAUCUGGUUCUUAUGUAGCACGAGCAACGGGUUCACCUGCACAGAGCCGAUGCUUUCAGACAACAGUUUUUAGGUCAAAGGCUCAAUCUGCACCGGUUCCUCGUCCUGUUCCACUCUCUAGAUUGACCGAUAGUUUCUUGGAUGGCACGAGCAGCGUUUAUCUCGAGGAGCUGCAGAGAGCUUGGGAGCAAGAUCCCAAUAGCGUGGACGAAUCAUGGGACAAUUUCUUCAGAAACUUUGUGGGCCAGGCCACCACAUCUCCCGGAAUUUCGGGUCAAACGAUUCAAGAAAGUAUGCGUCUGUUGUUGCUUGUGAGAGCUUACCAGGUUUAUGGUCACAUGAAGGCCAAGAUAGAUCCACUCGGCUUGGAAGAAAGGACCAUCCCCGAUGAUCUAGAUCCAGGGCUUUAUGGAUUUUCAGAAGCUGAUCUCGAUAGAGAAUUCUUUGUUGGUGUCUGGAGAUUGUCUGGUUUCUUGUCCGAGAACCGUCCUGUGCAAACUUUAAGGGCAAUAUUGACGAGGCUAGAGCAGGCUUAUUGUGGGAACAUUGGCUUUGAGUACAUGCACAUUGCCGAUCACGAAAAGUGUAACUGGUUGAGAGACAAAAUCGAGACUCCAACAUCAACUCAAUAUAGUCGAGAUCGGCGUGAGGUGAUUCUCGACCGGCUUAUUUGGAGUACCCAAUUCGAGAACUUCUUGGCAGCCAAAUGGACUGCAGCCAAAAGGUUUGGGCUUGAAGGUUGCGAGACAUUGAUUCCUGGUAUGAAGGAGAUGUUUGACAGGUCAGCAGAUCUCGGGGUAGAGAGCAUAGUCAUUGGAAUGUCGCACAGGGGAAGAUUGAAUGUUUUGGGCAAUGUUGUAAGGAAACCUCUAAGGCAGAUAUUUAGCGAGUUUAGUGGUGGCACGAAACCCGUGGAUGAGGUCGGCCUUUACACCGGAACUGGUGAUGUCAAGUAUCACCUGGGAACUUCUUACGAUCGUCCGACGAGAGGGGGUAAGAGAAUUCACUUGUCUUUGGUUGCAAAUCCUAGUCAUUUAGAAGCAGUGGACCCACUCGUGGUUGGAAAAACCAGAGCCAAACAGUAUUACUCUAACGACGUCGACAGAACAAAGAAUAUGGGUAUUUUAAUCCACGGUGAUGGUAGUUUUGCCGGACAAGGUGUCGUGUACGAGACCUUGCAUCUUAGUGCUCUGCCGAAUUACACUACUGGUGGGACCAUUCACAUUGUUGUGAACAAUCAAGUGGCUUUCACCACUGACCCAACAGCUGGAAGAUCUUCCCAAUAUUGUACCGAUGUUGCCAAAGCUCUAAGUGCUCCUAUUUUCCAUGUCAAUGGUGAUGACGUGGAGGCUGUUGUUCAUGCCUGUGAACUUGCUGCAGAGUGGCGUCAGACGUUUCAUACUGAUGUUGUGGUUGAUAUCGUAUGCUAUCGUCGAUUUGGGCAUAACGAAAUUGAUGAGCCAUCCUUCACUCAACCUAAAAUGUACAAGGUUAUAAGGAAUCAUCCUUCGGCAGCUGAGAUUUACCAAAAGAAACUUCUAGAAUCUGGUCAGGUCACAAAAGAAGAAAUUGAUAAGAUAAACAGCAAAGUCCUUUCGAUUCUCAAUGAAGAAUUUCUGGCCAGCAAAGAUUAUGUGCCUAAAAGAAGGGACUGGCUUUCAGCUUACUGGGCUGGUUUCAAGUCUCCCGAACAACUUUCACGUAUCCGUAAUACUGGGGUUAAACCAGAGAUUUUGAAGAAUGUUGGCAAGGCUAUCACAACUCUUCCAGAAACUUUUAAACCUCAUAGAGCAGUUAAGAGGAUUUUUGAAGACCGUGCGAAAAUGAUCGAGUCAGGGGAGGGUAUUGACUGGGCAGUAGCUGAAUCACUCGCGUUUGCAACGUUGCUUGUGGAGGGAAAUCAUGUUAGGUUGAGUGGGCAGGAUGUCGAGAGAGGUACUUUCAGCCAUAGACAUUCGGUUCUUCACGAUCAGGAAACUGGUGAAAGAUACUGCCCCUUAGAUCAUGUUAUUAUGAACCAAGAUGAAGAGAUGUUUACCGUGAGUAACAGCUCUCUUUCAGAAUUUGGAGUUUUGGGAUUCGAAUUAGGUUACUCGAUGGAAAAUCCCAAUUCGCUGAUACUGUGGGAAGCUCAGUUUGGUGAUUUUGCCAAUGGGGCUCAGGUCAUGUUCGACCAAUUUCUGAGCAGCGGUGAGGCCAAAUGGCUUCGUCAAACUGGAUUAGUCGUUCUCCUACCACAUGGAUACGAUGGUCAAGGCCCAGAACACUCUAGUGCACGCAUGGAACGUUUCCUUCAGAUGAGUGACGAUAAUCCCUUCGUUAUCCCGGAGAUGGAUUCGACCCUCAGGACACAGAUUCAGGAAUGCAAUUGGCAGGUGGUGAACGUAACCACCCCUGCGAAUUAUUUCCAUGUUUUGCGCCGCCAGAUACAUAGGGAAUUCCGGAAACCUCUAAUUGUGAUGGCACCAAAGAACUUACUCCGUCACAAGGACUGCAAAUCUAACUUAUCCGAGUUCGACGAUGUUGAAGGGCAUCCCGGUUUCGACAAACAAGGAACCAGAUUUAAACGCCUUAUUAAGGAUCAAAAUCUCCACUCUGAUCUCGAAGAGGGUAUUAGACGCCUCGUCCUUUGCUCUGGAAAGCUAUACUACGAGCUUGACGAACAGAGGAAAAAAGCUGAUGCAAAGGAUGUUGCAAUCUGUAGGGUGGAGCAGCUUUGCCCCUUCCCAUACGAUCUCGUCCAACGUGAACUUAAGAGAUACCCAAAUGCAGAGAUCGUUUGGUGUCAAGAAGAGCCAAUGAACAUGGGAGCAUACAGCUAUAUCGCUCCUCGUCUUGGCACUGCAAUGAAAGCUCUGAAACGAGGCAAUGUGGACGACAUCAAGUAUGUGGGCCGUGCCCCUUCCGCCGCUACUGCGACUGGCUUUUACAUGGUCCAUACGAAAGAGCAAAACGAAAUAGUCCACAAAGCCACACAGCCUGAACCAAUCAAUUUAUCCCACACAGCCUGAAACCAAUCAAUUUCAUGAUAAAAAUCGAGAUUGAAGUUAUUGAUAACCUAUCCAUCUCUACCGUUUUGUCUGCGAGUAUUUUCACUCGAUUUCGACAUUUGUUUGGCAAAGUUUUUUUGUGAGGAAUAAACGUACGUACUCACUCUCUGAAGUCAAUGUUGUCAUUGACCAAUGAACUUCGAUUCGAGUGUUGUUGUCUGAAAAAGGGAUACUUUGUUUUCGAUUUUGUGACGAUAUCUUGUAUAUGUACAAGAGGUUUGUUUAUGUGCUAA